CUCAGGCUUUCUACACAUCCCCCAUAUCUACACACUCCAGCUCUUCAAUGGCUACAAAAAAAAGCGAGUGCCUAAUCUGUGUCCUGUUUGCGACAUAGUCCUCCGCUGCUAGAACAGACUUUCUAUUGACAUACUGUUGCCUGCAAUGUCUCUCAAGGUUUCUCACUCUUCCACAGCCACAGAUGACAGGUUGAGGGCGGCGGCCAUUUUGCAUGGAAAACUCCUCUCCUUCUCUGUGUCCAGUUGCUAUUGUUUCCAGGAUGGUGAUAGAACUGGUCUAGCUCUCCUAGUGGUCACACAUCAAGGCAGGGGUGAGUCCAAGCCCCAUGCUCCUGGUAGAGCCCACUAGAGCCCUCAUUGAUGAGAAACUACAGAUUGUGGUGAAGAAUGUUUUUCCCAAAAAAUAAGAUUACCCUUCGUUCCUUUCACCGUUCUGAAACGGGGAUGGUCAAAGGCAAGAACAACUAUGUUUUUGGGCUUGGGUUCCUACUUGUUGUUUUGCCAGAUGUUACUAUUUAUGUUUGUCAUACUUCAUGCAAAAAUAUUUUUUAAAAGUACAGUAUUUUGACUUGUUUAUCAACUGUACAAAUUGCUAUAGUAAAGCAACUGAGUUGUGUUAUUGUACUGUAUCGUGUGUGAAGUUGCGGAGGACAUCCGUUUCGGCGGUUCAUGGGCUUACUGUGGAUCAUGAGGCCAGUGUCUGGCAGUGAAACAGGACUCCGGUUGAAGAAGAAGGAUGUCCGUUCUCCACUGCUUGUUCAGAUCUCUGUGUACAGUGGCCACAUCAGCCAGGACUUCAGUAAGCAGGCUGCUGUAGCCUGUACAGUCGUAGAGUGCUGGUGUAUGGCCCCCGUAGUCCAAAAGAUAGACAUCAACAAGGACAGAAUCCAGGGAACCCUUUUUAUACCAGCAGGUCUGACAUUCCCUGCUGUGCUGGAGCUAUCUGGGGGAGGAGGGGGGCUGUUUGAGCAUCGCUCCCACCUGUUAGCCUCCCAAAGCUACGUCUCCUUAGUGCUGCAGUACCUCACGGACUUCUCCACAACAGUUGCCAUAGGAUGCAAAUACUUUGAGGUCAGGAGGUUAAAGUGUCCAUUACUGAUGGUCAUUGGAGAAGCUGACCAGAACUGUGCCACUGCAGAAUCUGUCCAGGAUAUGCGCAGUACAGUAUGUUGGAGAGGGGCAGGGAACAGUCACCUGCUGACAACUGUGUCCUACCUUGGGGCUGGUCACCUGAUCAAACCUUUCUACUCUCCUCACUUCCACUCCAGCCCCUUCCUUAGGCUUUACACCAAGAACAGGGGCAAAGUGAUUAUGUUGUGGGGAGGGCAGUCCAAAUGGAGGAGGAUACUGGAGUUCCUUCAGAAGAACCUGUAUCAAAGACUGGACCCCUCUGUCCCCUCAGAGCUGUGAGAUCCUCCUGGACUAUCUCCAUUAUAGUUGUAGCUUCUCUAGCUUCAUUAUCUGUCAGGGCCCUAUUCUUGAAAUGAAAGAGACAAUAUUGGUUGGAUUUGUUUUUACUCACCAGGUGGCAGCAUUGCACAGUCUCUUAAAUGACUGGUCUUAAAUGACUAGGUGUCAUAGUAGUCAAUGUCCUGACAAUUACAAGGAGGAAGAAGAGGAGAUGGUCGACAUCCACCUUUCAUCAAAGUCCUUAUGGGGAACCCUUUCUGUUUAAAGACCUUGGGUCAGACCUUGGCUGCUCGGUCACGGUUGAGUUGUGGUCUUCUAGCCAGUCUGUUUUGGAUUCCAAACUCCUGUGAGGUGAUAUGAAGUGUUAUUGAUAUCAGCUGAGUUGGAGAGAAUGAACACCGCUGCCUUUAACUCUUAUCAACUGCAUACCUUUUUUUUUUUUGAGAUGUCACCCAUAUAUUCUCACUUCAGAUCACUCCAUUCUGGCAAAGGGGACCGAUGGCGUAAACAUCUCCGUGUGUUGCUCAUAUAUUAAACCAAUAGCCUGGUCUCAGAUCUGUUUGCGCUGUGUUGCUCUUAUGGUCAUUGUCAUCCCAAACAUCGUCAUGCACAAACAUAUCUGGGCAGAUCUGUAGGCUACUAAACCAAUGCCUUCUCUAGUGAUGAAGGAUAAAUGCCCAAUUUGGCAACCUGCCGUGCUAUUAAACCAAUGCCUUCUUUAGUGAUGAAGGAUAAAUAUCCAAUUUGGCAACCCGCCAUGCCGUUAAACCAAUGCCUUGAGUAGUAGUUUAAAGAUAAAUUCCCAAUCUGGCAUCCCGCCGUGCCAUUAAACCAAUGCCUUGUCUAGUGAUUGUGGAUAAAUGCCCAAUCUGGCAACCCGCCGUGCCGUUAAACCUUUACAGACUCAGUGGAGUAUACCCUCAACCUUCAUUCCUCCAGCAGCCUUGUGGUGUGACUUGGCGUCCCCAUCCCUUCCCCCCCUAUUAUUAAGAGGAGGAAGUAAUCCAGCGCCUGUAUCCUAUGCAUCAGACCCACGCUCAGGCCCCGCCAUGGAAAACAUUCCACUGGCAGCCCCUCAGCACGGCACAUAUGGACCAAAUUCCUCCUUUUGAAACUCCAUUGAAAGAAUAUGUUCAUGUUGUGAGCCCGAAAAAAAGGGGAAUAAUACAUUAAAGCGAUUUUAAAAUAAAACAUUUGUAUUACUCAUUGUCACACAUGGCGGCGGUAGAGAAGAGGAUGGAGGGGAGGGGUUUAGAGACACAGAUGACUCCAGAUGUUAGGUUCAGAUGUUCUGAUUUAUGAGCUAUAGAGCCAUGCACAGUGUGAGGCUAUUACCCAGAUAGUGAUGCCACCUAGUGACCAUGGCAAUCUACAAAUCCUGUAGCUCUCUGGUUAGGGUCCAUGCCAUGUUAAGUGGGCAGCCCACAGAACACUAGAUCUGGAAUCCCUACUCCCCAGGGGCUGAUAGUGAGUUAGGAUUUUAGAAAUGUGACCCACCCACUUUUAGUAGGGAGGUGGAAGGGAGCGUUGAAAUAUUUCCCUGUCCAUCCAUAGAGUUUUGACAGACUGAUAUAGCAUGUAUAAUGGCUAGGGAGCCUGGCUUUGACAGUGAGAAGGCAGAGGGGUGAUGAUGCCAACAUUGUGUGCGCUUGCGUGCUUGUGUGUGUGUGUUAGUUUCCUAUGUGUUAGUCAGGGAAUGGGAUACCUCAGUGUAUCCAACAGCCAAUUACACAGUAUGAGGAGGGUAGUGCCUAACCCAUAACAAACAAUACUUUAACAGCCUGCAUAAACUCAUGAGAUCAGCCUGAAAUUAAAUUAACACACUACCACUACUUGGAAUCAUGUCACCAAGAAUAGAUAAAACUAAGUCUCAAAACAGAUCAAAUAAAUAAAAGCUGUUUAGCACAUUUAUGUAUGCCAUGCGUUCAUUUGAUUGGGUUAAUAUAUGCUUCUGUCGCUGUUUUUGCCCUUAAAAGUGAGUCUCACAGCAGACUGUCAAUCUACUACUUGCCAAGCACUUGCCCACUUUGAUGUGGUUUCUUGGUGACGUGCUUCUCCUCCAAAACUCCAUAAUGCUCAGUAACCGAAGCGGCCACAGUUAUCACAGCUCUUGGAAUUCUGGCAUUCUGCUCCAUGUUCCCACAAAAUGAAUUUGUUGUGCAUAGCACCCCUGACACAGUCGAUAAGCAAUGGGAGAUCGUUGUCAGGGAGGGAGUGAUGAGGCUUAGGCAUGAGGUGGUUCUCUCUUACUCCCCCCUACAGCUCUUAUCUAGUAUUGUUAUGUAGAGGUGCUUAGUUCUCAUGAGAGUUCUGGUAUUGUUGAGUAGGGGUGCUGGGUUCUCAUGGGACUUCUGGUAAGCUCUGUUUCAACACAACCCACUGCAAGGGUCUAUAACUCAAUUUGCCCCGGUGUAAUCCUACCACAGGUGCUGGUUCCCAAGGGGAAAUGCUCAUCCUGUGUCUG